GGGCCUGGGGAGAGGAUGGCGCUGCGACAGGCGCUGGGCCGGGCCGGGCGGCUGGGCCGGGGCCUGCUGUGGCGCUGGCUCGGGGGGGCGCCUCCCGCUCCUGCGCCGCCGGCCGCCUUCCUGCUCCGGCCGCCGCCUCCGCCGCAGCCAACCCGCUCAGGCUUCCUACGCGACGCCGCGGCCCGGCUAGGCCUAACGAGAGGGCCGCCGUCGCCGGGCCUGCUGCUGUUCCGGCAGUUGGUUCCCCGCGUCCCCCUCGGCCCCCGCCGCCUCGGCUUGGCCUUCAGCCUGGGGCUGGCGCUGCUGGAGCCGGCGUUAGCCGAGCAGAGGCAGGCGGCCGAGGCUUGCAAGGACAUCCAGACGAUAUUUGUCCAGAGGAACAAGCCUCAGCAAGAUCCCCUGGGCUUACUCCGCCAACGCGGCUUCAAACUGGAAGAGUACUUCAUUGGCCAGCCAAUCGGCAAAGGCUGCAGCGCCGCGGUGUACGAAGCGGCCGCUCCUUUCGCCGCCCGAGGCGAGACAAGCUUGGAGCCCCAAACGGGGCGUCCUGAUCAGGGUGGCAGUUCGGAUAUCCAAGCGCCGGUGGUGGAGUCUUGCCAGGCCAAUCGCUGGGGAGCUGGCUUCCCACUGGCUAUCAAGAUGAUGUGGAACAUUUCGGCCGGUUCUUCAAGCGAAGGCAUCCUCAGCAAUAUGUCUCAAGAGCUUGUUCCAGCCAGUGGCUCUGCCUUCUCUGGAGAAUUUGGAGCGAUCGCUUGCCCUAGGAAGCCUAUCUUUGGGAAGAAGAGGCUGAAACCUCACCCAAAUAUAGUCCAGGUAAUUCGUGCAUUCACGUCGCACGUCCCGCUGCUCCCUGGCGCCACGGUGGACUAUCCAGAUGUUCUGCCCUCCACCCUGUAUCCCUCUGGAAUUGGGCACAGCCGCACGCUCUUCCUGGUGAUGAAGAACUACCCAUGCACGCUGCGUCAGUAUCUCUCCGAGAAGAGCCCCGGUCCUCAUCUGGGCACCAUGAUGAUCCUGCAGUUGCUGGAAGGGGUGGACCAUCUCAUUCGGCACGGAGUGGCUCACCGGGAUUUGAAGUCCGACAACAUCCUCGUGGAAUUUGAUUCUGCUGGAUGUCCCGGGCUGGUCAUCACCGAUUUUGGCUGCUGUUUGGCCGACGAGAAGGUUGGCCUGAAACUGCCUUUCACCAGUUGGUACGUGGAUCGCGGAGGCAACAGCUGCCUCAUGGCGCCAGAGGUGGUGUCCGUGACCCCCGGCCCAGGUGUGGUGAUAGAUUACACCAAGGCAGACACGUGGGCGGUUGGAGCCAUUGCGUACGAGAUCCUUGGUGUCUGCAACCCUUUCUACAGCAAAGGGGGAGCAGCUCUGGAAAGCAGGAACUACCGAGACAAGGAGCUGCCGCCCUUGCCGGAGACGGUGCCCCCGGAACUGAAAAGCCUGGUUGGCAGGCUGCUUCGGAGGGACCCCGCCAAGCGGCUCUCGGCCCGAGUUGCAGCCAACGUUCUCCACCUGAGCCUCUGGGGCGGAACCCUCCUCGGCUCAAAGGACCUGAGAGUUGACAAGGUGGUUGGCUGGCUUCUUCACCAAUCCGCCGCCGCCUUGUUGGCGGACCGACUCGGAGGCGGAGUCGAAACGAGGCUGAAGAGGUGCUUCUUGGCCAACCUGGAGUACGAAGAGCUCUGCGAGGCGGCUGCCUUGCUCCGCGCUUGGGGCAGUGCAGCACCGUAGCAGGCCCAGAUCCGCACGCGGCCGUUGCUGCAGUUUCCUCACUAAAAGCACUUCACCUGCUAAGCCUCCAUUUUGUUUUUGUUUUUGCAGGCCUAAAAAAGCACUUUAGGUAAGAAGCACUUUACAAAAUGUGGGGCGUUGUAGGUGCGAAGGUGUUUGGGUUAGGUUUGGCUGGGAGAAACAUCCUUGGUGUGGUUGCUGCGUUCAGCCUCCAAAGAAACUUGGGUUGAUUUUGUUGCAUGGUGUUGCCUUUAGAGCACAGCGUAACUCUUCCUUCCUUCCUUCCUUCCUUCCUUCCUUCCUUCCUUCCUUCCUUUCCAAGAGAUUCUUCUCCAUCUUGAAUGCUUAAAGAGACCUUGUUGGGUAGGGACAGAGUGAUGAUGAUAAAAUAAAACGUUACGGGUUCCUGCCUGUUGUGCUUCCUGCCCUCCCACCCUCGCAAAAAAAAAACCCAACAAAAGUGAUGGAAUUGAGUCUUUUUUUCUUUUCUUUUCUGCUUUGACAUCCGUGCCGGCAUUAUUUCUGCAAUGCCUCUGUGGGAAUAUGGUGCCCUUGGUACCCAGUACUCUUCUGCUGGGUUCGAUUCUUCUUUCUUUCUUUUUAAAUAAAAAGUUGGAGCCUCAUUUCCUAAACAUGACCCCUAAACAGACCUCGUGCGUGCUGGCUGGGACGGAUUCCUAGCCAGCCCAUCUUGUGAGUGGUCAUCCCAUUCCUGUAUAGAUCCAUUGGCUUGGGAAGGCCCCUGCCUCCGCUGCUGAAACGGGGCCUUUCUCAGCCCCGCUCAUCUGCUGAAGCAGAACCACGGGCCAAAAAGCGCUGCAUUUUAAGUAGAACGCUGGAGCCCCCACAACUAGCUGGGGCGGAUUCCAUUUAGAAUCAACACUGGAGCACUUCUUGAUGGCUAAUCUACCCAUGAGUAAGGUAUCCAGCCUGCCUUCUCGCAGACUGGGCCGUUAAUUCAUGACUCCUGCUGCUGCCUGUUCUGCGUGGGAAUUACACCCACCACAGCGCCGGAACAUUCUGGGACCUCCGAGGGACGAUGGCUUCUCUUCUCCGAAAAGAUCUGCUUGGUGCACACACACACACACACACACACACACACACACUUAAUAGUUUUAAUUCCGUUUUGGAAUUCAUUUUUUUUUUUUACUGUGGACUGAGUGCCAGGGGUCUUUAAAAAAAAGAAAUCCGUGAAAACAAGGAAGUUAGAGGCACAGAAGGGAUUCCGAACGGCUCCACGCAAUUGAUUUCUGAGAAGCAGUCUGCUAUUCGGGGCGCGUCGUAAGGCUGGAACGCAUUAUGGGAUGGUUUAGUUGAGUCGCAUCCCAGGAACGUUGCAACUGGAAGGCAGUGGAUCAUUUCCACUUCAAGAUGCUGCUGCUGAAGAAACGAGAGAGAGGGAGCGAGAGAUCUCAACAGAGAACAUUCUGCUAAACUAUAUCAUCACGCCAGGCUCAGGGAGGCCAUCUCUCAUUUUAGAGCAUAAAGAAGUGUUGACGUUGAUUUGGAGCAUUCCUAAUUACUCCAGUUAGACUUUGUAGCUGUGAGCAGCGAGGUGUCUAUUGCUAGUGGUUGGGAAAGUUAAUUAUUUCCACCUUUUGGUGCAAUAAAAUGUGUUGUUCCCCUAAAA